AUGUCGUCUUUGCCAGGAACGGUACCGCGGAUGAUGCGCCCGACUCCCGGACAGAACUAUCCCCGCACUGGAUUCCCUCUGGAAGUGUCCACUCCUCUGGGCCAGGGGCGGGUCAACCAGCUCGGAGGGGUCUUCAUUAACGGCCGGCCGCUGCCCAACCACAUCCGACACAAGAUAGUGGAGAUGGCCCACCACGGGAUCCGGCCCUGCGUCAUCUCCCGCCAGCUGCGGGUCUCUCACGGCUGCGUCUCCAAGAUCCUGUGCCGCUACCAGGAGACCGGCUCCAUCCGGCCCGGGGCGAUAGGAGGCAGCAAGCCCAGGCAGGUCGCCACGCCGGAUGUGGAGAAGCGGAUAGAGGAGUACAAGCGGGACAACCCCGGCAUGUUCAGCUGGGAGAUCCGGGACAAGCUGCUGAAGGACGGGGUGUGUGACAGAAGCACGGUCCCUUCAGGUGAGGCUUCCUCUGUGAGUUCGAUCAGCCGUGUACUUCGAGCUCGAUUUGGAAAAAAGGACGAUGAGGACGAGUGCGAUAAAAAGGAUGAAGACGGAGAAAAGAAAAGCAAACACAGCAUCGACGGCAUCCUGGGCGACAAAGGCAGUCGGAUGGAUGAAGUGUCAGAUGUGGAGUCGGAGCCUGACCUCCCCCUGAAGAGGAAGCAGCGCAGGAGUCGCACCACGUUCACUGCAGAGCAGCUGGAGGAGCUGGAGAAGGCUUUCGAAAGAACCCACUACCCCGACAUCUACACCAGGGAGGAGCUGGCCCAGAGGACCAAACUCACCGAGGCCAGGGUCCAGGUUUGGUUCAGCAAUCGAAGGGCCAGGUGGCGAAAACAAGCAGGAGCUAAUCAGCUAGCAGCUUUCAACCACCUGUUGCCGGGCGGAUUUCCUCCCACAGGAAUGCCAACACUUCCUACAUACCAGCUGCCAGAGUCCAGCUACCCAACCAACACUCUGUCCCAAGACGGUGGUGGCACAGUUCACCGUCCCCAGCCGUUACCUCCAUCCACCAUGCACCAGAGCGGUCUGUCCAGCACUGACAGCAGCUCUGCCUACGGUCUGGCCUCCAACCGCCACGGCUUCUCCAGCUACCCUGACUCCUUUAUGAGCUCUGCAGCACCAAGCAACCACGUCAACCCUGUCAGCAAUGGACUUUCCCCACAGGUGAUGAGCAUCCUGAGUAACCCCAGCGGUGUUUCCUCACAGCCACAACACGACUUCUCCAUCUCACCGCUCCACAGUGCCUUGGACUCCUCUCCAUCCAACGCCAUCUCAGCCAGCUGCAGCCAGCGUUCAGCUGAGGCCUCCAUUAAGACGGUGGACAGCCUUCCAUCAUCUCAGUCCUACUGCCCACCCACAUACAGCACCACCAGCUACAGCAUGGACCCAGCUAUGGCUGCUGCCGGCUACCAGUACAGUCAGUAUGGCCAGACGGCUGUGGAUUACCUGGCUAAGAACGUGAGCCUGUCCAGUCAGCGCAGGAUGAAGCUGGCCGACCACUCAGCUGUGCUGGGACUGCUGCAGGUCGAGACUGGCCAGGCCUACUAGCACUCACCGGACAUGCAACAUGACACCUGGUCACCAGCACAACCCACACCUCCUGCUACCAUCCAUACAAAUCUCCCAGAGACUGUGUGUGUGUUUGUGUGUGUGUGUGUGUGUGUGUGUGUGUGUGUGUGUGUGUGUGUGUGUGUGUGUGUGUGUUGUACAUUGGGCUGAUUUUAUACUUUAUUUUAUGUAAGUGUUUCUCCAGGGUUUAAGGAUUGAAUGAUGCAGCUGUCCAAGCUUUAAACAUUCCCAAUGGGACCGACCAAAGCCACUGUUAGGAAUAUUGUUUUAUAUUUGUUGUUCAUAUUGCACGACAGCUAUAAACUAGUGAUAUAAACAAUUACUAUGUAAAUCCUGAGCCAAUCAAUUUAGACUGGGUGACCUGCUAUUUAAAGUAACUAUAUGCAACUUUUUAAUGUUUCUGAAAUUGUAUAAUUUUUCAUCUGAUGAUCAUAAAUGACCUGUAAAAGCAAACGAGACUAACAGUGAAAAGAACGCUCUUUUUAUAUACAGUAGUUUUUAUUAAUGCCUUUGCGAGGGUCCGAUUUGUCCCGCGAAGUCCCAAAAUGAUUAACGGCAGGUAGACGGCGCUACAGUAACACAUUCUGACAGGUCACAAAUUUCAGUGUAACACCGGUAAAGCCUGUGUUAGUGAGUAUGCAGGUAAAAGGUAGCAGGAGAUUUAAAUAGGCCUAAUUGUAUUUAUCAUUUUAUUUUAGAAGUUAUCUGUUAUACUGGGGCAGUAUCAGUCAUAGUAUGAUUUUGUAUGAUAUUCUGUCUGAGCAAAACAUUCAUCGCAACUAUAUGACCUCCCGGUAACGCUAACUCAGUGAUACAGUGGGUAACACAGCACCAGCCGGCACGCGCUAGAAAAGAUCUUUGAGACAGCAGGUGUGGUAAAAACACUACCGCUAGAAUCAACACAAACCAAAGGUUCCUCAUAGCUAUUUUCAAAUAUUUUUACAUAAAAAAACUGCUCUUCUGUGGGUCAGCAAACAACAAUUAACCCAUCCUGUAAUGGUGCAUUCAGACUGAACGGCAAUAUAACUGGCGCCAUAUCUAGGGGUAUCUGGCCACAGACAGACCGACAGACAUAUAGACACAGACAGACAGACAGACAGACAUCUGUUGGCAUCCAUUGUCUCAUUGACAUGAAAUACAAUUGUUAACGUCAAUAACUCCUUUAACACACCUUAUGGGAACACAGCCCGGUUACUCUGCUGAGUCACCUCCAUGAUCUGAUAUUGAGUUUCAUUCAUUGACAUACGUUUCUGGUUGUGUCGUCAGACAACUGCCCGUGUGAUUUGAUUACAGCUCAGGAAUUUAAGCUCAAAUUUAAGUGUGUUGUACUUCUGACCACUCACAGCAUCACAGAUGAGUGUUCAGAAUUCAAUCCGCUGGUGGUCAGCGGAAACAAGACUUUGAGCUGCUGUCUUUAAGAAAUUGCCACCCAAAUAAACAGAUUGGUCCUGGCUUAAUUUUAGUGUUCUAAAUUCUAAACAUUUGUUUCACUUUGAGAAGAAUACAAUUUCAGGGCAACCCUAAAUACAUUGUAUUUUUCAUGUGAAACUUAACUUUAUAGAUACUGAUUAUCAGCACAAGAUAUUGGCCGUUUUAAAAAAGUGUCAGCCUUCAGGAACCCGUGUGUGCGAGUGUGUGUGUGUGUGUGUGCGUGCGUGUGCGUAAGUAUGUGAGGGAGAUAAAACACCUCUGUAGCAGACUGAUAUGGACUAAUUCAACCAUUCCUAAAGAUAUGCCUCUGUUCUGACACUGCAGUCCCUCUUAUCAACAACAGGAGCUCCUGAAGAGCUUUGGCAAUAGUCAGAGGUCAAACAAAGCCUCGGACUGAUCAGCUGACACUCGGCGCGACCAUCACUCCACACCUGAAUGCAGCCGGACCUUUCUCCAGGCAGCUUGGUACCAAUCGUGACAUUUCCUUUCUUCAUUUUCAUUUCUUUUGAUUCCAGUUCAUUUAAUGCUUACUACUUGUAUUUAUCUAUGAAAACAACCACUGGGGUGUUCUAUGACAUGCCAACACCAACUGUUCUAAAAUACUCUUUGGAUAAGAAAAGGAUUUUGAUGAGUUAUCUGCAACUGCAAUUGGACUAGUUAACAGUGUUGUUUAAUAUCAUAAGUAACUCUUCAUUCUUGCUAAUUGUGUUCAUUGAGGACAUGUUUUCAUGUCAUCUGCCCAUCACAACUAAAGUACGGUUUAGGAUGGUUACAGAUGCAAAGUUUGCUAUAGUGCCUAUGUCUGGAAUCCUAAAGUGUUCUCCCAACUCACUGUUGCUGUGUUCAGACGCCAGACGGAUGAGUUUCAACAACAGUGAACUGAGAGGAAAGUUGGGUGUUUCAAAAAAAUCUACAGCGAAUCAGUUAAUUAAGAUAGCGUAAUUGCUGAAAUAUUGGAUUUAAUUUGCCUCAACUACCGAGAGAACCGGGCCUUCAUCUGGAACAGGCUUACCUGAGGUCUGUAUUUGUGAUUUCCUAUAAGUAUAUUUUUUAUCAUAUUUCAGUAAAAGAAGCCUCUCUGUUUUCUGAUCUGCUCCUGUCUUAAUUUGCAGUUGACACAAAUUCAACACUUCCUCCGUGUUUACCUCUUGUCUCGAUCAAUUCUCUUCUUCAUUGUUCUUCUCAUCACUGAUAAGCGUGAUAGAGAGUUUCGUUAAUUUCCCGUAUAGAUGUUUCAAAAUUAAAACUCCCAGCAAAAAGCAUAAUCCUCUAUUCCUCUAAGUAUUCCAUUUACAUCGACUCUGCAGAGUAGAGGCAACUGGAAAUAAGUAAUUUGUCUUAACAAUAGACACGCUCAGUGUUUUUACCUGGCCAUUAUUUAAAAAAAAACAGCUUUCAUUUGAGAAUUUCUGUCACAAUGUGGACAGAACCUCUUAGAUGCUAAAGUGGUACCCACUAUAGCGGUUCCAAAAAGGAUUCCAUUGAGGAUGUCCAGUGCACAACAACAAUGCUGCAAAGAUGCCACCGUAUCGAGCUCUGUUUUGUGUUCUUUAGUGGAAACCACUUUAACAUUGAUGGGCUGGAGGAUAAACAGAGACCAAACCGAGAAUCAUUCCAUACAAAAAAUAAUAAUACUUGAACAAUCAAAAUAUACUCCUGUAUUAGGGCCGGUGUCCAUAUAGUGUUUUUCUCUGGCAGGGCCCAGGGGAGGGCUGCCAAGCGCUGCCUGUUGGUAUUGUUUCUAUGACAACAACGUUAACGUUAGCUAACUUAACACUACAUUAAUAAUGGGUUGACCACACAGCUCACAACAAGCUUACUUACUUAACGCUCUGAAAGAAUUUACCCUGAGUCACUGAACAAGGCAACUGUCGGUUAAAAUAGCUGGACAGUUGAGUGUCUGUUAUCUGAUCUGGUAAAGUCAGUUAAAAACAGGCUCGGUAGUGAUCGCCACGGUAGCGUGCUGCAGAUCCACUCUGUUUUAGGCUGAGCUGGACCGAGAGUAUUCAGUUAAAACAGAUCGGUGAUGCUGCUCUGCUCUCAUUGUUCUCUGUCAAGUUAGCUGGAAGUGAAUGUAGCCACGGUGUGUUUUUAUGUGGGAGUUACUGCGUCGGACUCCGUUUAAAAAAAAAUGCUUAAUUUGGCAUGCAGUUAAUACACCAGUCAUCAUUUAGUUUGAAUGAAAACUCAACUCCUGGCUGUUGCUCCUGGUGUUCUUCCCCACUGUUCUGGAAGAAGGAAAUAAUCCAAACGUUAAAGUCUUAAAUUUGAGAAUGGAAUUUGGUGUGGUGUUUGCACAGACCUGAGAGUUCCCCAACCUGCUAGAUCCCACUUUAACCACUUGGGAACAAUUUAAAAAAAAAAAGCGGGCGCCUAAAAAAUACAAAACGCCAUGUGGACACUUAGCCUUAUUUAAGUUUUAUUUAUUUAUUUCUUUUUCUUUUGUUUACCCUUGUUUUGCAUUUGGCACCUUUUCAGAGAGAUACUGUUUACCAUCAUACGUUUAAAGGUGAUGCCAUGAAAUGAAACUGAGCUGAGUUUGAUGAGUUUAUUUUGGUUCCCACCAGAUGCUGGUGUCCAUGUAUUCCUAUGGUAAGGGGAAUUGUCACUGUCUCAUACAGAGGCUUUUAUAAUAUCAUCCCUCUGCACCUCCACAAGAGCCAUGAAAACUAUUUGGAUGCUGGCUGUGUUAACCUUCUACCUUGUGUAAAUAUAUAUUUUUCAAUGACAGCAAACCAAGGAGAACAUUAAGGAUCAAAUGUACAGAUAAUUCUCAUUCAGCCCCAGCCCUCCUGUUUACCUCGUAGUCCUUUCUCUGCUUCGUUUGUUCUGCUUUCUGUUUGGCAUGUGUGUAUUUUACCAUAGUAUAAUUUAUUCUACCUGUAUGAAGUAUUAGACUAGUGACAAAUUUGUAUUGGCAUUUCCUCCCCUCAGCCUCUUGGUGUGUUAACUGUAACACUGUUUAUUAAAGCUCUACAACUGGACCAAGACCA